UGGUGGCAUAAUCCCAGGCGGAACUGAAAGAGACGUAGCAAUUACCAGACGGUAUUUUCAGACCAGCUGAGAAGAUGUACGAAGACUCUUGGUAUAGCUUUGUGCCAGAGAUCUCACACAAGAAGAAUGUUUCGAUCUCGCAGACGGCGGUACACAGAAGGCGAGAGUCGCUUUUACAACAACCCAACGGCACAAACCAAACCGAAACAAUAGGCCCGCUCGAAGGACUUCUUGAAGAAGCUGAGAUAUCCGAUGAUCCUCCAGAACCUAUCCUGAGCAGAAGAGUCAAAUCAUAUUCCGAUUUCUACCAUGUCGUUCGAUCCCAGCUAUCCAAGGAUGCCUCCAAGAAACAGAAGAGGCAGAAAAAGGACAAGAGCCUGGAAGCUAUUUUGCUUGAGAAGCCAGAUAAUAAUACCUCUGGGAAGCAUGGCUCGUUCCAGGACGACUCGUUUCACGACGAGUUGUUGGAAGCAAGCCAGCAAGAGUUCCUACUCUACCGAGAGCAGCUGGCCAUGACAGAAAGACAUCUUGGUGCUUUGAUUGAUGAUACCGAUGAUGCUCUGAAGCUUCUGGAGACAUUGGCAACAUCUUUCCGCUCAGUGGACAUCCAGACAUCCUCGUUCCAAGCUCAAUGCGACGACCUAAUUUCCGAGGAGACAAGAUUGCAGAAACUGGCAGACGAGGUGGGAACGGAUCUGCAUUAUUACGCAUACUUAGAUGGUGUAACAAGACGAUUGAACGCCCCUGGAGCAAGCCGUUUAGUCGACCAUGAAAACUUCGCUGAAAUAUUGACGAAUACUGACGCGUGCAUUGGGUUCAUGGCCAAGCAUCCGACUCAUCGAGAUGCCGAGUCAUACCUGGCACGCUACCAAUCUUCCCUCGCCAAAGCUCUCCAUUUACUCGAGUCCGGGUUCACAAGUCAUCUGGAAACAGUAUCCUCCGAGAUCUCGAAGCAAAUAUCGUCUACGCAGUCCGAAGCUGCUCGUCAUGCUCUUGCGUAUGGUCGGUUCCAGGAGCUAGUACUCGAUGCGGAUGGAUUAGUCGGUAACGUCCAGAAGGUCAUCCGCAGCUGCUAUGAUCAGCUGGGAAAUCCGGUUGAUGGACAAAACUUCGACUACUACUCCAACACAUCGAUCAACAUUUUCUCCUCCUACUCGGAUGUCAGAGACAGAGAUCUGAGACCAAUAACCCAACACGACCUCGAGACGUUUAAACGAGAGGCGAAGGAGGCGAAUGCCCAAACUGCGUCGCGCAACUUCAUCAAGCAAUGCUACGAACGGUCCUUCAAUGAGUUUGGUCUCUUUGCCCAAAUAUUCUCUAUUGAACCACAGUUCAGCAUGGAUGGCAAAUCGGCAUAUGCAGCGUUGAGGACGCAGCAAAAAGCACUGGUCAGCGUUGCGAAUGUAGCGCCCAUUGCGAAUACGCUCUAUCCCGUGUUGCAAUUAAGUGACCUUCGCACCAUUUGCAACAUUGUUGGGUGGAUUACCAAUGAAUAUCUCCUUCUAGAGUAUGACGAGGAGGAAUCUCGGUAUACGCAGCAUUGCCAGCAACUGUCUGCGCGGCUGUUACUAGAACAUCUAUGGCCGUUGACAGACAAAGCGUUCGAAAACGAGAUCACGAAGUCUAUAUCCAAGCAUCCCUUGUCCCCAGAGACUUUGAAAAUUGGCCCUGUUGUCAACGGUGUGGCGUCUUCGAACGCCCACCCCAUUACAAAACGGGCCCUUGAGCUUCUCGGCAUGUACGAUCAAGCGAUGCCGAAAGAGCGCAGUCAAAAGUCAAGUCCGGUCAUAUUCCGCAUAGUUCACGAGACAAUAUUGGCGUUACAGCGUGCAGAAGCACGCCUGAAAGCCAUCAAAUCGGCGAACCCCGACCCUGACCCGGAUCUUUUCAUGAUAAAGAAUCUCCUUAUCCUCAAGAACGAGUUAGUGUCUCUCGAGAUCGGCGAUAUUCGCUCUGAAACUGCCGCCAUGCAACACUUCGGGCAAAUCUGGGACACAUUGAGCCCACAAAACUGGAUGGGAUUGUUCCGCGGAAUUCUCGGUGGUAGCUUGUCCCUCGGUCUGUGGUCUUCGGCCGCAAAUAACACUGCGGCCAACGGUAAAACUGCACCAGCCAAGGAUGUGGUGCGGGACGCAAGCGAGAAGCUGGAUGAAUUAUUGAGGCAGAAUAUCUACGCAUUUACACAACGCUGGGGUGCGUUGAUCAAUGCAGCGAGGAGUGGAAAGAAAGGCGCCAAGAGCCUGGGUACCGUCGAGAAGGAGCUGGAUGUGAGGCUUCUAGCAGCGUUUGGCGGCCAGCCUGAGGUCUUGGGCAAGUUGAAGGAGGCUAUUCAGAUUAAUGCCCAGGCGCAAAAGGAGCUUGGUGGCACUAGAGGUUCGAGAUAGGGAUGUACUGCUAUCCGAGUAAGAAGACCAAGAACCUUCCCGCGCUUGUUGAGCAACAUCAAUCGAUGUUGUGUCGAUAUUUGAUUAUCUUAGCCAUAUGUACCAUUAAUAUGAUGCUGCAGACUGAGAAGAAUAGGACAACUGGAAACCUACUCAGCAACUACCAUCAAGAGUCAUCCCGUCGAGGAAACAAGAAAAAGGAAAACAAAAC